AUGACGCGUGUGAGUCUUGAUGAAGCUAAGAUAAGCACAAGGGAAACAAUGUUGUUUGCAGUUGAGAGGGUAAAGCCAAACGUUUUUUCUGGGGAAGCUAAAAUGGAUACAGAAGAUUGUAUGCUUGAAACGGAUAGAGUUGUGAUUUAUGAAAUUACUCCAGAGAAUCUAGUGAAAAGAUUUGGGACCAUGUUUGGAAAGAGAGAAAGAGAGAAUGUUGAUUAUUUAUUUAUGGGUAAGUGGUUGUUUCUAGGAAGGACAGGAAAAGUGGGUAAUGGUGAUUCUGAAAAACGUAUAUGUGUGCCAGAAAGAGAAGUUAGCCGUUUGAGUGAUAAAGGAGACUGUUAG